GCACAGGUGUAGGCGGUGACGUUAACCGUGGAGCAGCUGCUGGUGUCCAGCUGUAGUUUCCGUCUCAAACAGCAGGUGUCAGUGAGCGCUGGUUUGUGCUCGCCCCUGAUGAGGCUGAGCGGUAAAAUGGAGGAGGAUCCUGUUGAUAGAGAAACAUUGGAAGUCUUUUAUCCUCCACUCGGGCCCGUCGGUGGUCUUAAAGUUUCUGCUCCGCGCGCUCGUGUCGCGUGAUAAAACCAGAGAGGGUCUGAACAGCAGCAGAAGUCUGAAAGAAGUCGGCACUUAUGUCUCGGUCGUCGUCGUUUUCCAUCAACUCCAGAAAAUGAUCAACUUUUGAAGAAUUCACCCUGCGCUCACGUUUGACCGGGGACACGUCUGGUGUCGGAGGAGGGUGAAGGACACUUUCUCCGGACCCCCGGGCUCCGUGUUUCCUCAUCAGCCACUGUGAAUGUCGGAGAGGAGCGAGGACUCUGUUCGCCCGCUGGCUGCAGCAUCUGUAUGCGUGAAGAAACUUCACCGUGAGGCAGCGAGCUGCAGCCGGGAAUGGAUCCACGUUUUGAAUUGGGAGGAAUUCUGAAAUCAUCUGUGUGGCGUCCUGUUUGAAGCUUCUGAGGUGCCGACUCCCGAAUGAGCGGAUGGCUCACUUGUAGCUGAACCUGUGAUUAAAUGUAGAGCGGGGUCCACGUCCACGCACUCGGUUCUUUGUCGUGUCUGCCAGAGGAAGCCGUUUGGCUUGUUGUUGUCAGCGCAUCUUGCACAGAUCUGAGCGCCCAUCUGGGGACCACAGGCCGCCUGUGAUGAAGAUGGAAUCUCAUCAAGCCUGGACUCGGAUCAUAAUCACACUCUUGUCUUCAUGCGCCCUGAUCCGCUGCAGCGCAGUGGCAGAUGUCCCAGAGGAAGAAGGGUUCAGUGCUGAGGCGUGGCUUCGUAGGUUCGGCUACCUGUCUCAGGCGAGCAGGCAGAUGUCCACCAUGCAGUCGGCCCAGAUUCUGUCCAAGGCCAUCAGUGAAAUGCAGCGCUACUACGGGCUACAGGUGACGGGACAGAUGGACCCUGCCACUGUUGAAGCCAUGCAGCGGCCGCGCUGUGGCCUCCCUGACAGAACGCCCGUGGAGCCGGGCGAUGGCGUGCGGAGGAAACGUUACGCCCUCACUGGGCAGCAGUGGAGCAAAGACCACAUCACCUACAGUAUCAUGAGUCAGAACCUCCCCUCCUCUCUGGACGAGGAGCGGAUCCGCGGCGCCAUCCGAAGGGCCUUCAGUGUGUGGCGACGGGUCAUUCCUCUCACCUUCGAGGAGCUGCCUGUUGAAAACAUCAUCACCAACGGCAGCCAGACGGAGCUCACUGACAUUCUGAUUUUGUUCGCCUCCGGUUUCCAUGGCGAUAUGUCUUUGUUUGAUGGCGAGGGGGGGUCGCUGGCACACGCCUACUAUCCUGGACCGGGCAUUGGUGGCGACACACACUUUGAUGCUGAUGAACCCUGGACACUUGAGAAUCAAAAUCAAGAAGGUAUCGACCUGUUCCUGGUGGCGGUCCACGAGCUCGGCCACGCUCUGGGUCUGGAGCACUCAGACAACCCCGGCGCUGUGAUGGCUCCUUUUUACCAGUGGACCCACACACACAACUUCACGCUGCACGACGACGACAUUAGAGGAAUACAGCACAUCUAUGGUCGUCCUUUCGUCGGCGAUGCUCCAACUUCUCCUCCCACCCCCGGCACUGAACCCAGCAGCGCCCACCCCACCUCCCCGUCUCCUCCUGAAGACGAGCCCACUUCUCCUCCUCCCACCGCCCCACCCACUGAAUCAUCCUCGGCGCCAUCAUCCGAGCCAGAACCGACAACCGGUCCUCCCUCCACACCCAUUGUUCCCUCCUCCAGACCCACUGAUUCCAACCCUGCACCACAAACUGAAGCCCCACCAGCCAGAACCCCUCGCCCUCCUCCACCCCGGCCCCCUGCUCCUCCACCCCGGCCCCCUGCUCCUCCACGGCCCCCCAAGCUGCCGGACAACCAGCCCCCCGACAUAUGCGAGGGGAACUUUGACACAGUGACCAUGCUGAGGGGGGAGAUGUUUGUCUUCAAAGGGCGCUGGUUCUGGAGGGUUCGGAGGAACCGGGUCUUGGAUAACUACCCUAUGCCCAUAUCUGUGUUCUGGAUCGGCCUGCCCAGUGACAUCGAUGCUGCCUAUGAGCGCCGCGACGGCAAAUUUGUCUUCUUCAAAGGUGACAGAUACUGGGUGUUCAGAGAGGCCGACGUGCUGCCUGGAUACCCACAGCCGCUGCACGAGUACGGACGAGGGGUCCCCAUGCACCAGAUCGACACGGCCAUCUGGUGGGAGCCCAGCGGCUACACCUACUUCUUCACCGACGACCGGUACUGGCAAUAUAAUGAGGAGACCCGAACUAUGGACCGUGACUUCCCUAAACCGAUCAGCAAAUGGGGCAGGAUCCCUCACUCGCCCAAAGGCGCCUUCCUCAGCGACGACGGUGCUUACACCUAUUUCUACAAGGGCACCAAGUACUGGAGGUACGACAACCAUAAGGCACAAGCAGACGAAGGCUUCCCUCGCUCCAUCCUGACGGACUUCAUGGGCUGCGCGGCGGUGCCGGAGCAGGACGAGGACCCGAAGGCCCCCCAGGACCCGAGUCCUGAGACCGAACGCCCGAAGGUGGAGGAGGAGAACAAAGAGGUGAACGUGGUCGUCACGGUGGCCGACGGCGGGUCGAAGGUCAUGACCCUGGUGAUGGUGACGGUCCCGCUGGUGCUCAUCCUGUGCAUCCUGGUCCUGGUUUACGCCAUCCUCAGGACUCUGCAGAACAAAGAGGCGCCCCGGGCUCUGGUGCACUGCAAGCGCUCGCUGCAGGACUGGGUGUGACGCGCAGAACCAGCUUUCACACUGGUGGCGGCGUGAAACGAAGACCUGACCCAGCGCUGACGUCAGGGGAGCCAAGCAGCAUAAGCAAUUGUGGAGCGGUGACGCUGGUGCCUGUGGUUCUGGCCCUGAAACCUUUCUCCUUUUCUCCUUUCUGCCACUCAAUUAUCUGAAAAGUAUGUCAUAAAAAUCAUCUCAUCACAAGGUCAUUAGGAAGAGAGAGACUCUCAAACAUAAUUUUCUAUUGAUUCUCAGCCUUCCAAGGGUCAGAUAGGGUUUUAGUGAAAAUGCAGAAGUCGAUGAUGCACAUUAAGCCCACGUACUGUACAUACACACAAACAGCAGCACUUACUUAUCCAAUCACGUGCCUGCAUUAAUAUGAACAGGUCUGGCUGAGGUGUUCCAGCCGCGCCCCCCCCCCCUUUCUGUUUUCAACACGUACUUUGCACUUUGUGAAUGCCAUGUUUUUGUUGUCGCCGUGUUUUGUGUUUGCCGACGUGGCCUCGCUGCAGAUGUGUGAGCAGAGCGCAGCAAAGCUCCAGCAGGAGAAGCUCUGACCGGCGCAGGAAUGUAAGACAGCUGUGUGCGUCCACGGCCGCCCGCCCCCCACGAGUCCCCCGUGACUGCCCUCACACACGCACACACACACACACACACACACACACACACACACACACACACACACACACACACACACACACACACACACACACACACAGACACACACACACACACACACACGCACGCACGCACGCACGCACGCACGCAUGCACGCACACAGACACACUGCAGCGUAACAAAGCAGCCCGGCUGCACUCAUCUGUGCAUGCAUGUCCACAUAUGCAGACACAUGGAGAAACCACUUACCCAAACAAAGGCACAUAGAGAUUUUUUGCACACAGACACACAGGCUCCAGCCGCCCCUCCUCCCACCACGGCCCGAAAGCUGCACCACUGUGGAGACACAUUGAUAUACAGCUGGUUCCUAGGACUGAGAGGAAUACAGAAGAUGGGGACUUUAAGUGGUUUAAUGGGAAGAAUUGUGGUUUCUUACAGGCUCUGUCCAUCUCGGCUCAACCUGUGAAAAAUAUUUGCCGUUCUGUAGCGAAAUAGGUUUAAUUUUUAAUUCUAUGCGUCCGAGGCUGAAGAAGGAAGGGUCAGGGUCUGCUUUUGAUUAAGACCACAUGUUGCUGUGUUGUGUUAAUGUCAGGCAUGAGGAGGAAAGGCAUAAAAAAUUGGUGGUGAGAGAGAGAGAAAGAGAGAGAGAGAGAGAGAGAGAAAGACGGAGAGUGAGGGAGAAAGCGAGAUGAGGCCGAUCGAGGAGUGGAGCAUUUCUGCCAGCAUUUCCUUGCCAAUAUUCUGUGGAAAAGGAGAAGCCAGGGUGGGAGGCGGGUCGGAAAGACUUUGGGGAGGGGCAGCGCCGGCGUUGUGCCUCCUGACCUAGAUUGGGCCACCAAGUGCACCUUGGUGCCACCUCCUCCUCCGUCCGUCUUCUAAUAAGUUUUGCUCCUUUCUCUUUUCCUAUUGUUUUAGUCUUUUUCAUUUGCUCGUGUAGAUCCAUGUACUUCUGCACUCUGUCUUUACUUUCCCUAUCAUUACGCUUUACUUUAUUGCUGUUUUUUUCUGUGAAUAUACUAUGAAUAGCAUGAAGGAAAGUGUUUGUAAUGUGUUUACUCUACUUAUCAUUUGUAGUUUUGUACAUUUUGUUUCUUUUUAGGUUGUGUUUUCUUACUAGCAACACUAGAUCACCACAUCAAUGUUGAUGCAUGCGGAGCAUGUUUUUUUUUAAGCCUGUGCAAUCUUGUGCAGAUAACUCCUAUGUUUUUAGAUUUCGAAAUAAAAUUCACAAAUAAAGGCAACA